CAUUUAUCAUUUUUAAAUGGACACCUAAGAAAGAUUCUCUCCAAGCAAAGCAAAUCAAUACAGUCAGUUACACCAAAUGCAUAAAAACGAGGAUACUUGAAGGGGAGAAAAAAGAUAUUACAGCAAAGGAAAUCAUAAUGGAAAAGUGUGCAUGCAAUAAGCAUGAUGAAGGCUGGGAAAAUGGCAGCAAGUUUAAUCUAUGCCUUGAGAGUGAGGAAGGGAUGAAAGAUCAGGUAAGGGAGCUACAAAAUGAAGGGUAGGGCUGAGGAAUGAACUGAAGAAAAGCCAAAGAGGUAGGCUUAGGAAACAAAGAAGAUCAAGUAGGACAAGAGGUAAUGACUUUAUGUUGUGCCAAGGGGAGGUUCAGGUUGGAUAUUAGAAAAAAGUUCUUCUCAGGAGUAUUAAUGCAAAGGAACAGGCUGUCCAGGGAGGUGGUGGAGUCACUGUCCCUGGCGAUUUGCAAGAAAAGGGUAGAAGUCACACUGAGUGAUGUGGUUUAGUGGUAUGGUGUUGAUGGGUUGACAGCCAUGCUAGAUAAUCUUAGUGGUCUUGUCCAACCUUAACGCUUCUGUGAUUCUGUGAACUGGUGAAGAAACUGGUUACCCACCAUGCCACAGAUGCUAGGUCUGGAGACAUGCAUUCUGGACUUUAAAAGCACCUGAGGGAUUUUACAGCCCAUAUCACUUUUGUCGCUAUCAUAGCUUUAGCAAGAAAAGCAGCAUAUACAGUAGCUCAGCUCUUGGAAAUGGUGCAGAAAAGCACCUCUCCUGUUUUUAUGGAAGUAUAUGCAUACUUUUGAGAGUAGGGCUUUGCUUUCUUUGCAAACAUUACACUUUAGACACAGUUAAAAGUUGGUAGUAGGACUAGCUGAAGUAGUGAUUGAUGUCACUGUUUUGUUUUUUUUUUUACUUCAAAAUAUUUAUGUCUGAGAGUAGCAAAGAAUAUGCUUUACUGUGGGGCUGUAAGUUCAUUUGACAUUUUAAAUGAGACACUUGAGACAGAUUCUGCCCCAGCAGAACAGUGGGUGAAAGAAGAAAAAGAUGUCUCAGAAAAUGACACUGAAGGAAAGAAAACAGCAGACAGGCAAUCAGGAGGGAUGGGAGGCUUUGUCUUUAACUGGAAAUGGCUGAACUGAUCCAUUAAGCUUAUCAUUAACCCAACUUUAAUAAUGCGUUGUCAUCAUAAGAAAGAAAUGACAUCUCAUUCUAGCAGUAAAGCAGAGGCCCCACAAUGGAUGCACUAUGGAAGGAACCUUACAGAUGAGUCACAAAGUUUCAGAUGUUUCCUUGUUCCCCUUUCUUUAUUCACAAAUCAAGGAUAAUGAUUCAUUAAGAUCAUUACAAGAAAAAAAAAAAUCAGGUAAGUGCUUUUUGUUUUUACUUCAUGUGAACCCGAAUCCAACUAUGGAGCUGAGUGGUUAAAGUGUUUCACUGAUCCCAGAGCUCUUUUCCUUGUGAAUCUGUGCUGCAGGCUGUAGCAUGAUCCUUGUCUACAGCAGACCACGCAGGUCAGACAGGUGCUGUAUGCCCCUGCUUGAUGAACCUCAUCUCCUGCUACAACCAGGAGAUCACCUGGUGUAUGAGGAAACGCUGUUGAUUUUGUCAGCUUAGACCAGCAAAGCCUUUGAUGCUGUUUCCCAUAGUAUUCUCCUGCAGCCUGUGGUUUGGACAGAUGUUCUCUUCAGCAGGUAAACUGGCUGGAGGGCUGGGCCCAGGGCGUGGGACAACAAAACUGUGAGGGGUCUGGAGCACAAGUCUUAUGGGGAGCAGCUGAGGGAACCGGGAUUGCUCAGUCUGGAGAAGAGGAGAUCCAGGGGAUGGGCUGGCAUUUGGACCAGGUGAUCUUAGAGGUCUUUUCAGGCCUUAAUGACUCUGUGAUUUUACGAUCUUAGUGACAGUAGUUCUGCAUAUGCAUUUGAGCAUAUCUAACCCUGCUGCCAAGCCUUGACGUGGCACAGGAUGCUGCAAAACUACCAACCAAGCAGCGACGGUAAGUUUGAACCCGAGUGGAAAGGCAACCUUGAAAUCAGAAGGCUAUGGCUCCAUGAGGGGUGAGAAAAGCCCUCCGGAGAAAACACUCGUUUCCUACAGAAGAGGGAGGGCUAAUGCCAUGCCUUCACCCACAGCACCGUGCCGCACGGCUGAGGGCUGCACCCAUCUCCUCCAUUCGGGCGUACGCACGGGGAUUUUGCAUCUCACGGCUUUCGUUUCGCGCCCGGGCGGCGGCCGCGCAGAGGGGCGGGUUCCCGCGGUUCCCGCCCAGGGCCGCCCGCUGAGGGGAGGGCGGUGGGGCGGCCUCGGUGCUCAGCGUCCGUGGGCUGCUGCGGGUUGUUGUGUUGCUUUCUUUUUUAUUUCUUUCCAUCACCUGCGGAUUGCUUCUGAAAUAAAUGCUCGCGUACGCGUAUCUCUCCGGUUACAGUGUGAAGAAAGGUACUUCUUACGCAUGCCCGUCCUUGCCGUGAUCAAACCGUGUGUCUUUAACCUGGGAGCUUGGAAAACGUCGUGGGCACAAAGAGGUUUGCUGUGGUCAGCUUCCCUUGGCAGGCAGCCUUCCUUCUGCUGGAAGAAAGCUGUAGAAAAUGACACUCCCAUCUGCUCCUGCGUGGUCCGCAGUGCUUACCUGGGCGUGGGAAUGCGGGACGUUGGCCUGAUGAAGUGCUCACAUGACAACUGCUUACACUACGGAGAAAACAAACUCCUUCCUCUCUGCUGUCUCUUCACAUCUCAGUGAAUGCAGCUGGUAUCGCUGUGUUGCCUAGCCCGUGUGCGGCUUGGGUGAGCCCAGGAUGCUUACCAGAACACCAAGUAUUGUUGCCCAAGUGUUCCUUCUUCUAAGUGUAAUUCUUAUCAUUGCUAUUGCAGUGAUUCAGAUAAAUCAGCAAAAGAUUCUUUCCCCAGGCCUUAAGUAUGGAAUAGUCCUUGAUGCUGGGUCUUCGCGGACUACAGUCUAUGUCUAUGAAUGGCCAGCAGAAAAAGAAAAUGAUACAGGAGUAGUGAGCCAAACCUUCAAGUGUGAUGUGAAAGGUCCUGGUAUAUCCAGUUAUGAGCAUAACACAGGAGCUCUUGCAAAACCCCUUGAUGAGUGCCUGAAUAAAGUCAAGGAGAGAAUCCCAGUUCAUCUACAUAAGAGCACUUCAAUUUAUCUAGGGGCUACAGCUGGCAUGAGACUACUGAGGUUGCAAAAUGAAACAGCAGCCAACGAAGUCCUCGCAAGCAUUCAAAACUACUUCAGAGCACAACCUUUUCAAUUUAGGGGUGCGAAUAUCAUAACUGGGCCAGAGGAAGGGGUGUAUGGAUGGAUAACAGCCAACUAUUUAAUGGGCAAUUUCUUAGAGAGAAACCUUUGGAGGAUGUGGGUCCAUCCGUACAGAAAAGAGACCAUAGGUGCACUGGAUCUUGGAGGAGCUUCCACUCAAAUUUCUUUUAUCCCAGAGGACUCUCAGGAGAACUUCAAUAACACCAUGCAAGUGAAGUUGUAUGGUUACGACUACAAUGUCUACACUCACAGCUUCCAGUGUUAUGGGAGAGAUGAAGCUGAGAAAAGGCUUUUAGCAUUGUUGCUCCAGAAGUCAGGCAUCAGUUCCAGUGUGGAUAAUCCAUGUUACCCUCGGAAUUAUGAGACUACCUUAACAGUGAAGUACUUCUGUGGCAGUCUUUGUACACAGUCUCUGAGACCAGCAAACUAUUACCCAAACCAAUCCGUAAUUUUCCAUGGAACAGGAGACCCAGGUCUGUGUCAGGAGAUGGUUUCAUUAUUGUUUAACUUCACUACUUGCAGAAACCAGGAGGACUGUCCAUUCAAUGGAAUCCAUCAACCAAAAGUUAAAGGGAAUUUUGUGGCUUUCUCAGGAUUCUACUAUACAAUUAAUGCUUUGAAUUUAACUGGACACUUUUCUCUAGCUGACUUCAAUUCAAGUAUGUGGUUUUUCUGUUCACAAAGCUGGGCCCAGCUCCAGUUUAUGCUACCUAAAUCUGAAGAAAUAUAUGCUAGAUCCUACUGUUUUUCAGCCAAUUUUAUUUAUUACUUGCUUGUACAUGGCUACAACUUUGAUGCAGAAAAUUGGCCACAGAUACACUUUCAAAAGGAGGUUGGUAACAGCAGCAUAGCAUGGUCACUUGGUUACAUGUUGAGCCUCACCAACAUGAUUCCAGCAGAAGGCAAGCUGAUCCAGUUACCUCUGAAACCUUCUUUGUUUGCUGGGCUCCUCAUCUUCCUCGCUGUUCUGGCACUGUUGUGUCUUUUCUUCCUUGUUUACCUGUGUAUUGUGUCACGUAGUCAGAAGGUUAUCAGUCAUGUGGAAUAUGUAUUUACUCCAGAAUGAAAAAACUUACCUGAAGACUGACCAAAAAACUCAUAAUCCUAUAAAGUUAUGUGGAACUUUAUAUUUGAAAAACAUAGUUAAAGACAGGUGAUAAGUCCUGAAAAGAUCAGAAGCAUAAAUCAAGGAGACAAGAGGCACUAAGGAGUCUGUGAUAUGGUGAACUGGAGUGCUUCUGAAAUAUUUUGGCAGUUGUUUCUGUAAAAUUAGUGUAUCCAACGUUAAGCAGAUAAAGCACAGGCAGGCAUGCUGCUUUGCUUAUUCAUGUUUUUAUAGUGUCUUUCUGUCAGAUACAUAUGAAUUUUUGUCCAUUAAUUCGGUGCCACCUGAUAAAUGAUGCAUUUGAUCAAUGGCAGCACUUGUUUAUGAUAAAAUUUAAGAAUGAGUCAGUAGAAAUUGUGAGAGAAGAGAACAUAGAGGCUGUUCUUGUGUGUGCUGCUAACACAAAUCCCCCAAACAAUCCACUUCUGAAAGUGGAACAAGCACUGGGUAAUCACGUGAGCUGAUGGGAACAGCACAGCUGGGACUGAAUUGUUUUUAUUGCUAUUCCAAACAAUUGAUCCCCACCAUGUUAGGGUGUAACACAUUGCCAACAUCUUUCAGGACUGUCAAGCCCAUCCUAAAGCUGAACUAUAUUUUUAGCACUACAAAGAUCUCAGAAUGCCUCUGUUAUGGCACAUUUAGAUUUGUUUUGAAGGCAGAAGUAAAAUCUUUUCAGUAAUGGAACCUAAUUUUCAGUGUCUCAUAAUUACCUCCAGAAGCCUGUAGAGUUUUCAGGGUCCUUUUUUUUUCUGUAAUAACUAUGACAAACAUUUUUGGUAUUUUCUUCUCCUGACCUGUAUUCCUCCUAAUCUCAGAUGCAGUAAGUGCCAGCUUGUCACAUACAUAUUAUUUCAACUGUAUUGGAUCUUCUGAAGCAUUAAUAUGAGUAGGCAAAAACUUCAGCCCUUCCUUCAAGGCUAAGAGGAUUAGGAGGCAAGCUGCAGGCCAGAAGAACUGCCUUUAUGUGAUGGGUUUGAGACCACAUAGCUGCAGUCACAGCUGCUGCCUUCAGCUGCCUUUAUCAGCCUUUCUACUGUCCUGGCUGCAGCAUUCUUUCAGCACCACUGGGAUAUAUGUAGCAGAUGUGUCAGUGGCAUUAACUCCAAACCUUUACUGGGAACACAACUACCUUCAUGCUCUUAAGAGUUGCCUUCCUUUAAAGCUCAGGCAUUCUACGCCAAACCUCUAAUUCUUACCCACUUAAAUCUUGGAGUACAAAUUUACCUGAUGCUCAAGGUGUCCUUCAUGGAAAUGCCUCCUUCCCCUGUCUGUCUUUUGUCCUUCCUUAGCUGGCUUCUGAACUAACCCUUGGAAAAGACUUCUGCCAAGUCAUCUGCCAUCUCCUCCCUUUGUACAGUGUCUCUAUUCCUCUUCAUACCGCCUUAACAUGAUCUCUGAAUUUAUGAGGGGGACAUAUCCUUAGGGCUUUGGAGUUGGCAGAAGGAGGGAAUUGCUGUGCUGUUUCUGCAGGAAGAGAAAAAGCAUCUCUGUUUCCCUUCCAACCUUCUGCCAUCUCCUUUUGCCCAGAUUCACUACCUACAUGGAGCUCUGUACACCCACCAUAUUCCCCCAAAUGCCCUACAAAGAGCUGCUGUCGACAUACUGAUAUAUUCCUCCCUUUCCAGCCUCUCAGGAUUGCUUCCCUCUGCAGGAAGUUUCCCUUGCUUGCAUCAUAGCUUCUCUGAAGGGAUGGUUAUUCAGUUCUUGCACUGAAGUUUUCAGUAUGAGAAAGUGUAAACCAAAAGUGAGACUGCCAUAUUCAGCAUCUUCUGCUCACUGGCUAAAGCCCAUGAGCAGCUAACAAAGAAGUGAAAUUAUUAAAAAUUCACUUGGUCUUACAGAUAUACUUGGAUAGAGCCAGUAUCUAUUCAAAAAAUCUCUCUCUCCAUGAAUUACAAUCUGUGCCCUCUUCUCCCUAUGUAUAUAAUGUCCUUAUUGAAUCAGUAUGACAGCUAGUCAAUUAAGAACUCAGUCUUAUGUCACCUGUCAGUUUUAGCUGACAGGGAAAGCUGAAACUACUGAACUUCAGUCAGCCAAUUGCACCACUGCAGCUUACAGCUUCCUCCCAGUCAGCAGCAUCAUCCCCAUUCAGUGUUAGAGGUAAAAAGUACUGCUUGGACACAGGCAGCUUGGCUGUCCCUGGCUGUCAUGGUUAUUUCUGGGGGAGAGGUGGAGCAAUGGAGAUGCAAAUCUUCCCCCAUGUAUGAGUCAGAACCUGAUCAGCAGGUGUAACUUCCCCACAUCUACCACUGAACAGAUCUGGUGGGGAGCCAAUGAGGUGAACGGGAUUUGGAAACAUGUACAAACUACAGCUUAUUUAUCUUUUUGUACUCUUUACUGCUUGCUUACAAAGAUUAAUACAAAUAAAUUGUGAAAAGCUAAGCCAACUGUACUUUUUUUUUCCCAUCUUUUGCAAAUAUCAGUAUUUUCACCUUGGCAGACAGGUUAUUCCUAUUAGAAGCAGAGAAAGGCUGAAAUGCUGUGUGAUAUAAAUUUGCAAGUUGCAGAACUCAUCUGUGAGUUUCUGGAGUGGACAGUGCUCAUUGUCUCCAGAAUCUAUAUUCUCAAUGAGAAAACAACAAUGCUUAAACCAAGCCACUCCCAAUUUAUUUAUUUAUUUAUUUAUUUUAAUGUGCAAGCAUGUAAAUCUGAAUAUAUAUACAAUACAUAUGAACAACUUCUAUUUUUGAACACUUCAUAUUUCUUUCAGGGUCACUGACACUUUCAGUGCUUACUUCAGGUACACUGCUGUAAUAUAGAUCUGAAAGGCUGUGUGCCAAAAAGAGGAACUUCCCAGAUAUUGAUGUAGGUCAUGAUACAGAUUGUUUAGAAAGAGAUUUGUCAGGCAUCAGGAACAGGAGCAUGUAAUAACAGAACAAAAUCUCAGCUGUGGAGAAGCAGAAGAAACCAACAAGAGAUGAUGUGCCUGCAGGCAUCACUUAAGGGUGGGCAACAGUGACAAACUCCUCAUAAAGCAGCAUGCAAAAGAAAGCAGUAACUUUUACUGCAUGGCAUAAUUGAACAUUGAUAAGUUCAGAGGACAGAAAAAGAAGUAAAUAAAGCCACAGUGUGAUAAUCAUGCCCCAAAUCAGGGAGUUUUUAUUCAUUUUUAAAAUUCUGUUAUUUUAGUACCAAUUUGUAUUCACUUGGAUUAUAAUGAAGGCAAUGUCUCACAAACAGUGCUCACCUUCAGUUACCAGUGUUUUCUUCUGUGUGCUAUCUACAUUACACAAUGCUGUAUGAGUACAUGGGCCGUAUCUAGAGUUGCUUGCUUGGCAACAUUUCUGCAGGCUAGCUGUAGAGCUUUAAAAGUGUACUAAAGGGAGAAAACUUUUGUAAAUCCAAGAAUAACACCAGUCCCAGCACUGAUCCCUGAGGAACACCACUUGUCACUGGUCUCCGCUUGGACACUGAGCUGUUGACUGUAACUCUUUGAGUGAGACUGUUCAGCCAGUUCCUUAUCCAGCCAGUGGUCCAUCCAUCAAAUCCACUCUUCUCCAUUUUUGUGACCAGGAUGUCAUAUAGGACAGCAUCAAACAGACAGCACAAGUCUAGCCAGAUGACAUCAGUUGCUCUUCCUUUCUCCCCUGAUGCUGUAACUCCAUCACUGCUUUAGCAAUGAUUUUUCAUACCACUGCAUUUGUGCUCUCAGAUGUUUUUGUUGUUUGAUGGUAAGGCAUAGCCCAAGUCAUUAGCACAGUCAGGAGUGACUUUGAGUCUCUCUGCCAUAAAACAUGCAAAGGUUGUUCAAAAUUCCAGAGGUUUAUGUUGUCUCCCUUCCUUCCUCUUACAAAGUCCCACAGAGAUUUGGUUCAUCAAAUAAGGAAAAGGAGAAAUAUUUUUCCAGAUCACUGCAGAAUGGAAGAAUCCAAAAGACAGCAUCUUCGACUGACUUGACCUAGAGCA